GGUUCUGGAAAGAUGUUCCAAAAAGGAAUAUUGACUGUAGUAGUCAUCUUUUUCAUCAAUGUCGUGUUGAGUCUGACAGCAACAAAUACUACCAGCAAAGUCACUUGGGAUAAAUACUCUCUAUUGAUCAAUGGCGAGCGGAAGUUCAUUUUCUCGGGAGAAUUUCAUGUAAGAUCAUGUCUACAACGUUCUCUACAUAAAACGGCAUCAUUCACACUCUCAUUCCCGCAGUAUUUUCGACUACCCUCACCGGAUUUAUGGAGAGAUGUAUUCCAAAAGAUGAAAGCAUUAGGAUUCAACACUGUAUCGUUGUAUUUUUCUUGGGCAUACCAUUCAUCCAUGCAAGACGAUUAUGAUUUCGAAGGAAUACGUGAUAUUGAACAGUGUUUGCGGAUGGCUCAAGAAGCGGGACUUUACGUUAUUGCUCGGCCGGGCCCUUAUAUCAAUGCAGAAGUUGACAAUGGAGGGUUUCCAGGGUGGCUGGUUAACAUGAAGAGCAAAGCUAGGCAAAACAAUGAGGAGUACGAAGCAAACUGGAAAGAAUAUUUUUCGGCCAUCAAUCCCUACAUUGAGAAACAGCAAAUCGAUCAAGGCGGUCCCAUCAUUCUAUACCAAAUCGAAAACGAAUAUACCUACAAUGUGGAUGCUAACUACAUGCAAGCUCUAGAGGAGAAAGUUCGUGCCGAUGGAAUUGUUGUUCCAACAACUUUCAAUGACGCAGCAACUUUGAGAAAUUUUGCAAAUGGCAAGGGUUCCGUCGAUGUUUACGGUUUUGACUCAUACCCUGUCGGAUUUGACUGCAGUAAUCCCGAUAGCUGGCCCCUCAAAACACCAAAGAUCUUCCGGCUAUUUCAUCAGGUAACGAACCCAAGUGAGCCACUGGCAAUCUACGAGUUCCAAGGAGGGGCUUUUGAUCCAUGGGGUGGGCCUGGCUAUGGCAGCUGCCAACAACUGGUAAAUGAGCGCUUCGCUAAGGUUUUCUACAAGAACAACUAUGCCCACGGAGCUACCAUUCACAAUCUGUAUAUGGCCUAUGGUGGAACGACUUGGGGAGAUAUGGCUGAGCCUACCGUAUAUACCAGUUACGAUUACGGAGCCUCAAUAUCAGAGCCUCGAAUGAUGACUGCAAAGGCAUAUGAAGUAAAGCUACAAGCUACAUUUAUCAACACCGUCAAGCCGUUUACUUCAACAGACCACUGUACUGCCUUUUCGACCAACCUUGCUAUCCUUGUAGACUCACUACAAGACCCUAAUACUAAAACACAGUUUUACAUAGCACAGCAUCUGAUAGCGUCUUCUUUAAGCGUGAGCAACUUUAAUAUAUUCAUAAGUACAGAAGAUGGUCGGUACUCUAUUCCCGCCAAAAAGGGUACCUAUUUGACUCUAGAUGGGCGAGAUUCCAAAAUCAUCACCGCUUACUACGACUUUGGAUCACAACAUUUGGUGUAUUCAACAAGUGAAAUCUUUACCCAUAUCGUGCAAGAUUCCCGAGAUGUUUUACUGGUUUAUGCAUAUGAAGGACAUGCCGGUGAAAUUGCGCUGAAAUAUCCUUCUGGAGAUGCCAAUCUGACUUGUAGUUCUUUUGACGUAACAAGCGACUACAAUAACAAUGUCCUUCAGGUCAACUAUCAUCAUCCCGACGGCACCAAUCCAAUAUGUAUCUCAUCACCCAACAAAGACCUCUUGGUCCUUGUAGCUGGGUACGAAAGCGCGACCAAAUGGUGGGCACCUGAGAUUGCACCAGAUGAGCGAGUACUCAUUUCUGGACCAUAUCUAGUCCGCAAUGCUUCAGUAAUAGGAAGCACGUUAUCGUUGUAUGGCGACAUAGACCAAGACACUAACAUUGAAAUUGUCGCUUCUGAGAGUAUAAACACCAUCACCUGGAACGACCAAACCCUUCAGCUAAGAAACACAUCUUAUGGUACCUGGACGUCCUUCAUACCGGGACCCAGCGCUGACAUUACUUUGACCGACCUUUCAAAAGCCAGCUGGCAGUACAUUAGCGCCUCUCCAGAAACGCAACUGUCAUUUGAUGAUUCUGACUGGAUGAACGCCAACCACACAAGUACAAAUAGUCCAUACAAGCCGACAACAUACCCAGUGCUCUAUGGUGACGAAUAUGGCUAUCACUAUGGAAGCCUAUGGUUCCGAGGAACAUUUGAUGACUCCGAUUCUGUUACAAACAUUAUGAUCACUGCAAGCACAGGAACUGGCGGUGCUUGGAUUGCCUGGUUGAAUGGGGAGUACCUUGGAGGUGAAACGACACCCACAGGAACAUUUGCUAUCGACAAAACUAUACUGAAUGCCAAUGGUAAAAAUGUGUUGGCACUUUUAGCAUGGACUACUGGGCACGAAGAGGAUGGUGCUGCAGACGACACAUACAAACAACCACGUGGUUUUACAGAUGUAUCAUUGAUCGGCCUCAAACCUGAUGGCAUCGAGUGGAAGGUUCAAGGUAAUUUGAACGGAGAAGACAUCGUGGAUAAAAUCCGUGGGCCAUACAAUGAAGGUGGAUUGUAUGGAGAAAGAAUGGGUUGGCACCUUCCCGGCUACCCAGAUUCGCAGUGGGAGAAGGUUUCAGUACCAGAUGAUAGGAACAGGACCGGACUCUCUUGGUAUCGCACAACUUUCAAUCUUGACAUUCCAGAAAAUUAUGACGUUCCCAUUGGUGUAAGGUUUGAAGAUAAUACCAGCAAACGAUAUCGAGCCGUUCUAUUCGUGAAUGGGUGGAAGCUUGGAAAAUAUGCAAACGAUCUCGGUCCACAACGCCUAUUCUACAUUCCAGAAGGCAUUUUAAAUCACAACGGACCUAAUACUUUAUCUAUAGGUGUCGUUCCAUUGGAUAAUAGUACUAGCUUUGGCAAAGUCUCACUAGAAGCCUAUGGUACUCUGCUAUCUUCAAAGGGCGUUACAACACUAGUGAACUCUCCCGGUUAUGAUCCGGCUACUCGAUUUUAGUGCUAUCCUUAUAGAGUAAAGCUGUAAUGUAUUAAGCAACUAAUUUAUUAUCACUUGCUAUUUUGAUAGCUAGCACGCAUUGCUACAAAUUCUAGUAUGUCUAAAAUUUGCUGUACGCUAUGCCAUUAACAGUGUGAGACUUAAGAUUCUUGAUGUGAUUGGCAGUGGCGCGAUGGGUGAUCGCUUUGUAGACAUCGGCGGGUUUCUUGGAUUUAAUGUAAGGUAGUUCGAUUGCAGCCAGACCAGCAAUAUGUGGGGACCUUAGAAAAGUG